GGCACCAGAAAACUUUCUUCUUUUUUUGCUGCUGCUGCUGCUGUUGCUGUAAACUCAGACAAUGCUAUAGAGUUCCCUUUUAAAGAAAGAUACAAAAAUCGUUCGUUCUUUUAUUACUCUUAUUCUUGCAUCCGUCGUUUCCAUGAUCAAAUCUGUACUGAUUUUCAACAAUCACGGCAAGCCAAGACUCAUCAAAUUCUAUCAUCAGAUUGAUAUUGCAACACAGCAAGCAUUAGUGCAAGAAAUAUUUACGCUGGUGUCAAAAAGACCUGACACAGCCUGUAACUUCUUAGAAGGCAGUAAAUUACUCGGUGGAAAAGAUACACGUGUAAUCUAUAGACACUAUGCUACAUUAUAUUUCGUGUUUGUCGUUGAUGAAAGCGAAAGUGAGCUUGGAAUCUUGGAUCUGAUUCAGGUUUUUGUCGAAAGUUUGGAUAGAUGCUUUGAAAAUGUGUGCGAGUUGGAUUUGAUCUUUCAUUUUGAAGAAGUGCAUGCGAUUCUAUCAGAAAUUGUUCAAGGAGGAUUAGUUCUCGAAACCAAUAUGGGUGAAAUAGUAGCGGCAAUCAAUGAGAUGAAUAGAGCAAAGAAAAGAACUUCUGCCGGCGUUACUGCUGCAGGCUUCAAUAGUUUAAGGACGGCAGAUCCCCUCAAAAGAUUCCGCCGCUAAGAUAACACAAUGUCAUUCUUUAAGACUAGACGCUUCUGUUACUGCUCGAUAUUCAUUGCUAUAUCUUUAUUUAUCUGCUUUGAGGCACCAAUACCAUAUAUCCGCUCAUUUAGGCAAAUAAUAAACAUUUGCAGAAGAGUUAUAUUUGUAUUA